CAGCUCUUAGAUACCACUUCCUGGAUACACUUUCAGGGAAGCAGUCCUCUUGUAUUUGUUGAUGAACUGUGAUACACUGAUUUUCUUCUCUCAUUACACGCACCAACACGCCUCUUAUCCGCAAAAAACGAAUGAAUGUGGCGGAAUUACAGAUGAUAACGUAGCAGCACAGGAAGGCGGGAGGGCGGAGAGUAAGCGCCACGUCACUGAUCCACGGGGAAGUAGACCAGCAGCUCCAGAAAUUAGACCGAGCCAAAACAGCACCGGCGGCCCUCACGGCGCUCCCGUCUCUGCCUCGUAAAGCUUUAUUGGUUUUAUAAGACCACUGCCACGCACAUAGCAACUGAAAAUGACGGCGUCUAACUGGGGCCUGAUCAUGAACGUGGUGAACAGCAUCGUUGGAGUCAGCGUGCUCACCAUGCCCUUCUGCUUCAAACAGUGUGGGAUCUUGCUGGGCACUCUGCUGCUCUUCUUCUGUUCAUGGAUGACCCACAAGUCCUGCAUGUUCCUGGUCCACACCGCCAGCAACACCAAGCGGAGGACUUACGCUGGACUGGCCUUCCAUGCUUAUGGGAAACCUGGAAAAACGCUCGUAGAGACGAGUAUGAUCGGUUUGAUGCUCGGGACUUGUAUCGCCUUCUACGUUGUCAUUGCUGACUUGGGAUCAAAUUUCUUCGCUCAGCUGUUGGGUUUACAGGUGACGGGGAGUUUCCGUGUGCUCCUGCUGGUCGCCGUGUCGCUGCUGGUCGUCCUCCCCCUCAGCCUGCAGAGGAACAUGAUGUCCUCCAUCCAGUCCUUUUCAGCCAUGGCUCUCAUCUUCUACACCCUGUUCAUGUUCACGAUAGUGUUGUCGUCUCUGCGCUACGGCAUAAUCUCGGGCUCCUGGGUGGAGCAGGUUCACCUGUGGCGUUUCAAGGGCGUCAUUCAGUGCCUGCCCAUUAUCGCCACAACCUUCUGCUGUCACCCGCAGGUGCUGCCAACGUACGAUAGCCUGGACGAGCCGUCAGUCAAACGCAUGAGCACCAUCUUCACCUCCGCCCUCAACGUGGUCACCAUCUUCUACAUCACCGUGGGCUUCUUCGGCUACGUCAGCUUCACGGAGAACAUCGCCGGCAACGUGCUCAUGAACUUUCCAUCCAACCUGGUGACAGAAAUGAUCCGGGUGGGCUUCAUGAUGUCUGUGGCCGUUGGAUUCCCCAUGAUGAUCCUGCCAUGCCGCCAGGCCAUCAACACCAUGCUGUUUGAGCAGCAGCAGAAAGAUGGGACGUUUGCUGCCGGAGGUUACAUGCCCCCUCUGCGCUUCAAGAUGAUCACACUCUGCAUUGUUUUUGGCACCAUGCUGGGAGGCAUUCUCAUCCCUAAUGUGGAAACCAUCCUGGGUCUGACCGGUGCCACCAUGGGCAGCCUCAUAUGCUUCAUAUGUCCCGCUCUCAUCUACAGGAAGAUUCAGAAGAAUGGCUUCAUUUCUCAGCUGGUCCUCUGCGUUGGCCUGGGAAUCCUCCUGAUCAGCACCUUCACCACGCUCUCCGUCUCCAGCAGCAGCCCCAGCUACAAAGUCCCGGCUCCUCCUCCCCCGGCACCCAACAGGAACAUGGCGCCUCUACCAAACCUCCCCGACCCGCACGAUGAUGCUGUGGUCAAAAAACCAGUAGAAAUAGAGAAGCCUGUUCUUCCAGAAGGGAAUGAGGUGCGGCCCGCGGAGAGAGACGCCGAGCCCCCCCAGAUCAAAGGGCCCGUGGAGAGGAAGGAGGAGGAAGUGGUGCAGCUGGACCGCCCCGAAGCCGUUGUGCCCGAGGGGGAAGCCCACCGCCACGAACCGCCCAUCCCUCAGGACGAAGUGAGGGUCAACUCCAGGAAGGACAAACCAGAGCUUGAAGAGAAGAAGCAAGCUGAAGAAGGGCUCAAAGCAGAGCAAGAAAGGGAUGAGCCGGGGCCCGACCUCAAGAAAGACGACAGGAAAGAACGAAACGCCGAAGAGGCUGCUGGAAGAAAGGAAGAGGGGAAGGCGGGUGGUCCGGUGGCGUCCAAUGAGGUGCUGGAGAAGCCGGUCAGAGAGGUGGGCAAGCAGGACUCUGCUGCACUCAAGGAGGCGGAAAAACCUGCCAAAGAUGCUGCCAACGACAAUGCAGCUGUAGCAGCCAAUCAGGCAGCAGAAGCACCAGCCAAAGAAGCUAAUGCUGCAGAAAAGGCUCCACCUGCUGAAGGAGAGCAUCACCCUGUGGCAGACGCUGGCGCAGCCGCAGACAGCAAAGACACUGCAGACGAGAAGAUGGACGUGAUAAAAAAGCUGGUCGCAGAGGGCCAGCUGGACCACGCCGUGCUGCUGCAGGUGAUCAAGGAGCAGCAGGAGCAGCAGAAGAGACUUCUGGACCAGCAGGAGAAGCUGCUGGCCGUCAUAGAAGAGCAGCACAAGGAGAUCCACCAGAAGCAGCCGGGCGGAGCUGCAGAUGUUGAGGCAGAGAAGGGAGUCCAGGACGAAGGAGUGGGGAAAGCCAAAGAUCCCGGCGUGGGAUCAGACCUGAAGGCAGCAGCAGCUGGAGGACAAGAUGCUGCUGCUGCUGGGGAGCAGAGAGCGGCUCCAGCUGGGGACGCAGCAGGCGAGGCCGCUAAAGAAGCUGCUGCUGCUGCUGCUGCCGCUUACAAGGAGGACGCCAAAGCUGCACCAGGAGGAGAGUCUCAGCAGCAGCAGAGCGAGCUGGGGGCCCGAGGGGUCCGGCUAGGGAAGAAAAUAUCCGCAGAGCCUCAAAAUGAUCAGGUGUCUCAGGUCAAAGACGAAGAAGGAAAACUCGAUAAGGAAAAAGAAGCGAUGGAAAACCUCAAAAAGGACACACUGGACAAGGACAAGCUGGAUGGAGACGGAAAUGAAAAGACCGCCGGUGAGAACGAGCUGGAAAAGGAAAAACUUCCGAGGGAGAUGAUAGAGAAGGAAGUCCAGCUGGCCAAGGAACUCCUGGAGGAGAGACGGGAGAAACUGCAGUUAGAAAGAGAGAGAGCUGAAAAGGAGAGGAUAGAGAGAGAGAGAGCUGAAAAGGAGAGGAUAGAGAGAGAAGUGGAGGCGCGGGUGGAAAAGGAACGGCUGGAACGAGAGAAGAGAGAGAAGCUGAACAGAGAGCAGGAGCUCGCCGAGAAGGCAAAGCAAUCUGAGAAGCUCCGGGUUGACGAUGAGAUCAACAAGAGAGCAAAGAGAAAGCAGGAGGCGAGGGAGACUCAGGAGAGGCUGGAGCAGCUGCAGCAGGUUCUAGAAGCCAGAAACGCCGAGGGAGACGAGGGCGAAGCUUUGAAAAAGGGAGGAAGAGACCUGAAAGAGAAAGCUUCCUCCGAGGCCGGCCCCGGAGCCGACGCUGACCCUGGGGCCGAGAAGCGCCUCCAGGGCUCCCACGAGAAUGCCAGGGAUCAGGGAGAGACGGAUCUGAGGCGCAGGAAGAGAGCCCUGGGGCUCGGAGAGGCCGCAGAGCCCCCGGGGGACGCCGGAGGAUCCAGAGGGGUCCACGGCCUGGAGCCCCUCCUGGAGCUGGGGGGCCCAGACCUGCAUGCUGCCCUGGAGCAGCAGCUGCUGGCCGGGGGAGUGUUGCACUCCAGACAGAUUAAACAGGCCGCAGUGGACGAUGGAGCAGAAUAACACACACACACACACACACACACACACACACACACUCCUCCUCUCCAGCUUUACAGCACAAACCUGCAGAACCUCAGAACGCCGCUGUCUUCAUCAGCCUCUGAUCCACAGCCGACCCAAAGUCUGCGCUACAGUCUGUAAAUAUUAACUUAUUUUUGUCUGUUAUGAACAUUCUGGAAAGGUCACUGUGUAAAUAGAAAUAUCUCUAUGCAAAAUCUGUCAUUUCUGAGCAGGAAUAUUCUGUAUUUAAUGUUAAUAUUUGUGUGGAUGGAACCCGCCUCUAGUUUUCACGCUGUGGUGUUUUUGUCAGUCCCUGUUGUUCUGUUGAACCCGGUUAAGGCUCUCCUGUGUGCAUCGCAGCCUUAUGAACGGCACAGCAGCUGAACGUAACUCUCUUCCUUGGUGCCUUCCCUUCAAUAUGCUGCAGAACAGACUAAAUGUGCAAUUUUUUCCCCACACUUUUUUUUUCUUUUCUCCCUUUACCUUCAUUUUUCUACACAAUAAGGAUAAAAUGAAGGCGAUGAGACGUGGGGUUGGAAAUCAAGUCUGUAUUUUCUGGUCUCUCCUGUGACGAUCAAGAUCAUUUUUACAAGCAGAUUUUUCUAUGUGUAAUAUUUUGCUUAUAAAAAGAUCCAAUAAAAUAUAUUCAACAUUA